GGCAUCUAAUCAUGUUAGUAUAUGUAACUCGACGUUUCUGCAGAGGUCUAGCACGAAGUAUUGAACUUGCGAUAAACAGUGUCACCACCAAACUUGUCGAUGCAAGACGGAGCAGUACAGGGAACACGUUUUCAUUCAGUUGACUGUAAAUAGCUUUCCUCGGAACCGCUUGAGUGGUCAGUCUGUGUGCUGCUUCAGAAUAAUGUUGACUGCUUGUGUAUUUCAAUGUGACAUUCCCUUCGUAUCUUGGCUUGUGUUUAUUGGUUACUUGGGUCUGUUCAUUGCCUACGUACACCCAUCAUUUUUGUGAUCCGUGUGCAAAUAUCACUUGAGUGGCGGGAUCGGUGCACAUGUACCUAAACAUAUCCGCGAACAAAAUAUACGGUCGCCUUCCCCAGAUAGUUAAACAACACGACGAUGUUCGGCCGAGAGGUACUGCUCCGCGCUGAACGGGAGGCCACCAGACAACUCCGGCGGCUGCAACAACAGCGCUUCAGGGCAACAGUGACGUCGGUACAGGACCGCACCACGGAACCUGGUCUCCAGGCUCAACCAGAACCAAGUGCCUCCAGUUCUGCUUUGCCAUUUGAACAGAUCCCGGGCCCCAGGAGUCUGCCAGUCAUCGGAACUCGCUGGCUGCACAUGCCUGGAGGUCCUCUUCAUGGCAUGACCUUCUACGAGAAGGUCUGCAAGCUACGGUCAAUGUUUGGCGAGAUCAUACGCGAAGAAGUCGUUCCUGGCUUCCACUUGUUACAUCUCUACAAGCCGGAAGACUAUGAGACGGUGUACAGGAAUGAUGGCAAAUACCCAGUCAGAAACUCCUUCUUUAUGCUCCAGAGGUACAACAAAAAGUACAACGACGGCAUCCAUGGCAUCAUUGACAGUCAAGGUGAAUCGUGGCACCGGCUGCGGAGACAGGUGCAGCAGAAGAUGCUAAAGCCCAAAGCAGUGUCGGCCUAUUUUAAUGACCAGGCCAAGGUCGCCGAUGACUUCAUCGACAGUCUGCGCCAACACAGGAACAAAGACGACAUCAUUGAGGACUUGCUUCAGCACCUCUACAAAUUUGCCGCUGAAUCUAUUGGGGUGGUGUGCUUCAACAAACGUAUCGGGGCACUGGACCAAACUGCGGGACCUAACAGUGAAUCCAGACAGUUUAUCAACGCCGUCAGUGACGUCAUGCACGCCACCCACACCGAAAUGCAGAGUUUCUUUCUCUUCAUGUACUUCGACACGCCGAUGUUCAAGCGUCUUGUGAAGGCCCAGAAUCUCAUUAGAAGCGUAUCCAGUCGACAUGCCCAAGACUCCCUUAAGAGAGUGCUGGUAGCUUCGGCUAGUGGUCAGGAGAUUGACGGAGAACAUGGUGACCUCAUUCCUUACAUGAUGACCAAGACUGACCUCACCGAGGCGGAAGUAAUGACGGUAGUGACCGAGUUUUUCUUCGGCGGAGUCGAUACGACAAGCCAUAUGCUGGGCUUCAUCUUGUACAACUUGUGCAAGAACCCGGAUUCGAUGGGGCGUCUGAGAGAGGAGAUCGACGCCAUUCUUACAGAUGGGCGUCCCCCGACAGACGAGGACAUCUCCAGGAUGACCUAUCUGAAGGCUGUCUUCAAGGAGUCGCUAAGAAUACUUCCUGUUGCCCCUGGCAACGGCAGAUCCUCAACACGUGACCUCGUCCUGUCUGGCUUUAGAAUACCAAAAGGGACGGUCAUGGCCCUGCACCAUGACGUCACAGGUCACGAUGACCAACAGUUUCACGAGGCAAGUCAGUUCAGACCCGAGCGGUGGCUGAGAUCGCCAGAGAAUCAGCAGACAGUUCAUCCCUUCAUAUUCAUGCCGUUUGGAUUCGGAGCAAGAGGGUGCGUCGGAAAGAGAUUUGCUGAACAGGAAGUGGCCCUUGCUAUCGUCAAGUUUCUGCAGAACUUUGACAUCGAUUAUUGCCACACGACGGAUCUGAAAUAUGAAAUGAACAUUGUGAACACACCCGUGACGCCCCUCCGCUUCCGGUUUUCAGACCGGAAGUAGUCAGUAUUGAUUCCUGAUUGGCUGACUGAAACUCAUGUGUUGCUAGUAAGCUCCUCCAGUAGAGCAUACAUGCAUGUAUGUUGACAACAGGCGAACGCCAUGUACUGGUAACAAAACCGCGUGUUCACCCCAACAAGAGAUUGAGCAUGCGUGUCAUAAAUAGUAUGAUAUUGUACACGUGGCCUACUGCUGAUUAUAAUCUAUAAAGCACGGAGUUCACUGAGCAUUAACGGACGAACGAAAACCGUUCUGUCAUUGAGUUAAACAGGUCGCUAACUGUAUAGUGUUACUAAAGUCGCUAGUUUGGACACGUUUAUGAAAGUGUAUUACAUGUUACUAUAACCCUAGAUGUACAUGAUGUUGAUAACUGUAACGUCAUUGAACACGUGUAAAGACUUGGGAGAUGCUGGUGUACGUACAACGCCUUGAAGUCGCUAUUGCAAGAGUAACGCCUUGAAGUCGCUAUUGCAAGAGUAACGCCUUGAAGUAGCUAUUGCAAGAGUAACGCCUUGAAGUCGCUAUUGCAAGAGUAACGCCAUGAAGUCGCUAUUGCAAGAGUAACGCCAUGAAGUCGCUACUGUGCGUGUGGAGCCAUGAGAUCGCUUUUGCUCAUGUGAAUCAAUGAAAUCUUUUUUGCUUAUGUAAAGCAAUGACGUAGCUAGUGCACGUGAAAAUCCAUGACGUCACUACUGUGCGUGGAACACAAUGGAGUCACUUGUGAACGUGUUAAGUCUUGAUAUCGCUUUGUUAGAAAGCCAUGAAGUCGCUAUUGCACGUGUAAAACUGCUUAUUAUAAUUUGUCAAGCACGGAGUUCACUAAGCAUAAAACCGACGAACGAAGACUCGUUCUGUCACUGUGUUAAACAUGUCGCUAACUGUAUAGUGUUACUGAUGUCAUUGUUUUUGACGUGUUGUUGAAAGUGUAUUGCAUAUGAUGUACGUUUCGUUGAUGACUGUGUGACGUCAUUGAAGCCUGUACGUCAGCUUGCUACUGCACGUGUGAAGGCAGGAAGUUGGAAGUAUCCUUGCCAUGAAGUCGCUAGUGCACGUGUAAAGGCAGGAAGUUGGAAGUAUCCUUGCCAUGAAGUCGCUAGUACACGUGUAAGGCCUUAGACUAUCUACGGUACGCGAAAAGCCAUGAAAUUGCUUGUGUACGUAAAGUCAUGAAGUCGCUCAAGCUUGUGUCAAGCCAUGAAGUAGCUAUUGUAUGUGAAAAACCAUGAAAUCGCUAAACUGUGUGUAAAGUCAUGAAGUCGCGUCUUGCUCGUGUCAAGCCAUGAAGUAGCUAUUGUAUGUGAAAAACCAUGAAAUCGCUAAACUACGUGUAAAGUCAUGAAGUCGCUAUUCUACGUGUAAUGUUAUGAAGUCGCCCUUGCUCGUGUAAUGCUAUGAAGUAGCUAUUUCACGUUUAAAACCGUUAAAUCGCUUUUCUACAUGAAGUUGCCAUAGCACGUUUGCUACUAUGAAUUCCCUACAAUAAGUGUAAAUAUCACGAAGUCGCUGUUACACGUGUAAAGCUAUGAAAUAACUAAUGCACGUGUACAACCAUGACAACGCUACUGCACGUGUAAAGCGAUGAAUUUCCUAUUUCAGGUGUAAAGCCAUGACGUCGAUAUUGUACGUGUAAUACCAUGAAGCAGCUAUUCGUGUAAAGCCAUGAAUUCGCCAUUGUACCUUUAAUACCAUGAAGUCGCUACUGUUGUGUAAAUAAUAAAUUGUACGAUUCCGACUCUA